AUGACUGGAUCCAAUUCGCCAAAAACUACCAAAGUAUUAAGAAAGGUGUUGAUUCCAUUAGAUAAUAGCAAUGAGUCGAAGAAAGCAUUAGAUUGGUAUCAAGAAAAUAUGAAACGUGAUGGUGAUUUGGUUAUUUUUGUUCAUGUCCUUGAUCCUAUUCAACCAUCAGCGUUAUCUGCAUUGUCAUAUGAAUGUGAAUCGAUGCCAGCUGGUUCAUCAUUUCACGUACCAGAAGAAAUCCUGAAAAGUGCAAGAUAUCUAUGUCAAGAGAUGGUACAUAAAGCUACUAAAUAUGGGAUCAAAUCUGAAGGUCUUAUUCAAAUUGACAAUAAACCUGGUCCAGCAUUAGUUAAAACAAUAAACGAAAGAAAGAUUGAUGCAGUUGUAAUGUCAAAACGUGGUUCAGGAUUUUGGAAGCUUAAUUUUACGCCAAAUGUUACAUCAUAUGUAUUGCAUCAUUCAAAUAUUCCAGUAUCUAUAAUACCACCAUCAAAUCGUUAGUAAUAAAUGAAUCGCACUAUUAUUAUAUGAUGAUUGAAUUGUCUCAUCAUCUGUAAAUAUUGGCCAUAAUAAAGCUUUUCAUUUCGCUACAGAAAAUGACAAAUUUAUUGUAUUUAUUCGUUUAUUACUUUACUUAUUAUAUAUUUCUGUUAAUGAAUUACUUACUUUGUAUUAAAUUAUUUUAUUUAAAGAUAA